AGAAAGCUCACAGCCAUGCGCCUCAAGCAGUUUUUCCCCAACUUAUCAGAGAACAACCUGGGGGCCAGUGGGAGAGCAGAGGGCAAGAUCGCACGCAAUUCUGAGCGUUUCAACGAACUUGUGUCCAAUUACAACCCAGACAUUGUCUUCAAGGACGAGGAGAACACAGGGGCUGACCGCUUCAUGACUAAGCGAUGUAAGGAGUGCUUGAACAGGCUGGCUAUUGCAGUAAUGAACCAGUGGCCAGGGAUACGCUUGCGUGUGACAGAGGCCUGGGAUGAAGAUGGUAACCAUCCUCCUGGCUCUCUGCACUAUGAAGGCCGGGCUGUGGAUAUAACAACGUCUGAUAGAAGACCUGAAAAGUACGGUCUCCUGGCCCAGCUGGCUGUGGAAGCAGGCUUCGACUGGGUCCACUAUGAGUCCAAACAUCGUGUCCACUGCUCAGUAAAAGCUGAUCAUUCUCUUGCUGUGGAAAAAGGUGGCUGUUUCCCAGGCUGGGCCCGGGUAACUGUGGCUGGAGGGAUGCAGAAGAGCCUGUCGUCACUCACUCCUGGGGACAGAGUCAUGGCCAUAUCUGGGACAGGCCAAGUCGUGUAUAGCCAAGUCCUCUUGUUUCUCCAUCGGGAUCAACAAAGCUGGUCUGCUUUUCUGUCUCUGGAGACAGAACAUGGACAUAGAUUGGCCCUUACUCCGAAUCACUUGGUCUUUUUAGACCCGCACUGCAGACAAGAAAACAGUGAGUACCAGCCUCAGUUUGCAAGCAGGGUCAGACAAGGAGACUGUGUUCUCAUACAUAAAGCAGAGCAGCAAGUGCAUGCAUCCCAAAUCAUCUCAGUUUCACUAACGGAAAGCGUGGGAGUGUAUGCACCCUUGACAGACGCUGGAACUUUGUUUGUUGAUGGCGUGCUGGCAUCCAGCUAUGCGCUGGUGGAGGACCACAGGCUCGCGCACUGGGCUUUUGGACCCCUGCGACUUCUCUUCUCAUUCAAGCAGCUACUUUGGGGAGAAACAGCAGAAGAGCAGCAGGAUACUGACAUUCAAAAAAGUUGUACUAAGACUCCAAUGCAUGUUAGCACUUUGCCUACAAAAGACAAAGCAGGUGUGUAUGUGAACAAAGAAGUCAACGUGAGUGAUGCCCUGAGGAUAGAAAGUAAAGAGAAGCACUCCUUGCAGACAGAGACAUCAGAGGUGCACUGGUAUGCUAGACUACUCUACAGUUUUGGGUGCAUUCUUUUAGACUCCGAGUCAUUUCAUCCUUAA